CGAGCGCCCGCCCCGACCGCCGCCGCAGCGGCACACACACGAGCGCCACGAGUUUCGCGCGGUGUGAGUUACUGGUGUGUGUGUUGUAGUUGACCGGCUCCGAUGCUCAAGAUGCGGAGGAUCUGCCACCUCAUCUUCCGCCUGCUGUUCCUACUCGACGGUGGCGUAUGGUCCCUCCGCAACCUGUCCAUCUCAGUCCCGCGCGCGGUGCUCUCCGGCGAGGGUCAGUCGGCCGUGCUGCGCUGCACGUACGAUCUGGAGGGGGUGGCGCUGUACAGCAUCAGGUGGUACCGCGCCCAGACCGAGUUCUACCGGUACGUGCCACGCGAGAUGCCGCCGACCAUGGUCUUCCCACUGCCGGGCGCGUCCGUUGAUCUGGCAGCAUCAGACCACCAGCAGGUCCGCAUCGUGAACCUCAACCGGCGUCUGUCGGGCGAGUACCAGUGCGAGGUGACGGCCGACGCGCCGCUCUUCCACACCGACAUCCGCGCCGCGCCGCUCACCGUCGUCGAUCCUCCAUUCCGAGCCCCUCGUCUGUCGGUGUCGCAGCGCACGUACUCCCGCGGCGACGUGAUACGCGCCAACUGCUCCGUCGACGAGGCCUACCCCGCACCCAACAUCACCUGGACAUUGGAUGAACAUAAGAUCGCCGAAUCCGUAUCGUGGUGGACGUUCGAGAUGGACUUCAAGGAGCGGGGGGCGUUCAGCCAGCUGGAGCUGAGCGUGCUGGAGGCGGAGCAGUACCGCGUGGGGCUGAGCUACACCAGCUCCAGCCUGGCGCGGGUCUACCCCGACCACCACGUCUACCGGGAGCCGCAGGACCAGGACGUCGUGAGAUACAGCAUGGUAGCCCCAGCAGGCGGUCAGUUCCAGCUGGGCUGCGUGGCGACCAUCCACGACAUCUACGCGCGGCAGUCCGAGCCCGUGUGGGUGCGGGAGGACGCGCCCAGACCCGCCUCCGUCACCGGGGAGGACUCUGCAGGUACGAAGUCCCGCUGCAGCCUGCUGAUCAUCAUCAUCAGCGCCGGCCUGGCGUUAUGAUCCCCCUCCCCCUCCUCCUCCCCCGCCCGUACUUAAGCAAACUGAAUGUUGUGAUAGACUAAACCGUGGGCGGCUCUGGAACCCAUGGGCUAUAAUAUUAAGACUGGAUUAUAUUUUGUAGACAAUAAGUAAUUAAUGCUUAUUAAUAAUUCACUACUUUACUUGGAAAGCUCACUGCCGUAUUCAGAGUCGAAUAUUAAUAUUUACUUAAUCC